AUGAGCCACCAGAGACGAAGUGCAAAUCAGUGUCCAAGCAAUGUAGAAGCACAAAAUCUAACACAUGUGUUAGAAUUUCAACUCUUGGGAUUCUCAGAGGAUCCAGAACUACAGUCCACCAUCUUUGGACUGUUCCUGUCCAUGUACCUGGUCACGAUAAUUGGGAACCUGCUUAUCAUCUUGGCUGUCAUUUUUUAUUCUAACCUCAAAACACCCAUGUACUUGUUUCUCUCCAACCUGUCCUUGGCUGACAUCUGUUUCAUCUCCACCACAGUCCCCAAGAUGAUUGUGAACAUCCAAACUCACAGUAGAAAUGUGGACUGCCUAACACAGAUGUCUUUUAUUAAUUUUGGAAGUAUGGAUGAUAUGCUUCUGACUGUGAUGGCUUAUGAUAGGUUUGUGGCCAUCUGUCACCCACUGCAUUACCAAGUCAUCAUGAACCUUCAUAUCUGUGCCCUCUUGGUUUUAGCAUCCAUUUUGUUUAGUGUUUUGAACUCCCAGUGGCACAAUUUGAUAGUCUUGCAGUUUACCUACUUCAUAGAUGUAGAAAUUUCUAAUUUCUGCUGUGAGCCCGCUAUAAUACUUAAUCUUGGUUGUUCUGAAACUUUCAUGAAAAUCAUAGUCACUUAUUUUGUUGGUAUCAUAUAUGGCUUUUGUCCCAUCUCAUUGAUACUCCUAUCAUAUUACAAAAUUAUUUCCUCUAUUCUGAAAAUUCCAUCAUCUGGUGGGAAGUAUAAGGCCUUCUCCACAUGUGGGUCUCACCUGUCAGUUGUUUGCUUAUUUUAUGGAACAAGUGUUGGAAUAUACCUUGGAUCAGCUGUAUCACAUUCUCCCAGAAAGGGUGUGAUGUCCUCAGUGAUGUACACAGUGGUGACUCCUAUGAUGAAUCCUUUCAUCUACAGCCUAAGAAACAGGGAAAUUAAAAGUGCUUUGAGGAAGCUGCAAAACAAAAAGUAA